UCCUCUGGUGUUUUUACCUUGGAGACCUUUAUGACUGGAGUUUCUCUCUAUACAACAUUCUAGAUCUGAGAUAGAAUUCUCUAUUGUAUUUCAGGUUGCCAGGCCCUUGGCUUCAAGAGCACCAUAAUGAAACUGAAGGAAGGGUCGUUUCUGUGGUACCUCUGCCUGGACAAACUGUACUGCUUACUAUCCGUGAGAAAUGUGAAGGCCUUAGUGGAGUAUUUUCACCUUCUUGAUGUGCACGGCCGGGACACCUUGAAUGAUGUGCUGUUCUACCACUUCCUUCAUCAUGUGACUAACUUGAAACGGAGGCAGAUCAUGAUUGUGUUUGACAUGCUGGACUGGAACGCUGUGGGAGAGAUUGGUUUUGACCAGUUCUACAUGUUGGUUUGCAUACUGCUGGCACGACAGAACCACUUGGAAGAGCAAUUUAUCUUCCGCCAUUCCCGGCCUGUUUUUGAGCUGCUUGACCUGGAUGGGGAGCUCAGAAUUGGUGCAGCCAACUUCCACUUGUGUAACUUUCUCUUCAAUAUUAAAAAACAGCAAUUCAAAGAGCUCUACCGCUUUGACAUCACAGGUGACUGUCAUCUUAGUUACAAGGAAUUCAAGCUGUUUACUAUCUUCUCCAUGGACAAAUAUCAGGAGAGGCAGAAAGCUGAGAAAGAGAAAGUUUUGCUCCAAAAGAAAAUGUCACAUCAAGAGAAUAAGAAGAGAAUAUUCUUGGAAUAACUGGAUCUAAAAGUAGAAGUAAUUACAACUGUUAACAGGUCUAAAAAUAAAUUUAGAUGAUUAAAGUGAGUUAUCUUUAUAGUGACUUUUACAUAUAAGGGCCUUAAGUGAGUAAUCCUCCAUCAGGUUAAUUCUGACACUUUCCCGACCGCACAGAAGAUUCACAAUAUUGUAAUGUAGUGAAGUAACUACUUCUGUCACCAUGUCCCACCUCUAUGCUGCUUUUCUAUCAACCCUGUUCUUUAAGGUGUCUGUGUAUGUAACUACCAACACUUACUGGAGCUAAGUAGCUGAAAGGUGAUCUUUCCCAACAUUUGUCAUGUGGUCCAAUACUUUCAGAAUCCUUUCUAUUUUCCCAGUCCUCGCUAAAGCCACCUGGAUGCAAAACACUUCAAACUGGAAAAUGGUUAAGUGCCUCCACCCAUGAGGGAAACUGACUUUUAAGUACGUAAGAGCUGUGUUCUUCCUAGAAGGUGAAUUACUCUCUGAUGACUUAGGUGCUUAAGCAACUAUACCAAAUCUACUAGGGUGAAAUAAUUACUGUAUGCCCUCAUAUGAUUUAGUUUUUUUCUAUAAUUAAUGCCUUGAGUAAUUAAAAAAUGUUUUUAGCAUGGGACUUGUGAAUCCUCCCUGACUGUAUUGUGAUUUUAAUGAUAACUACCCUUUAGCAAUAAGCACUUGCCAUGGGUUAGGCAGGUGCUUUAGAUGCAUGACCUUAUUUAUUCUCACAUUAGGUAUGUUACCCUCAAUUUACAGAUGAGGAAAUUGAGGCCCAGCCAGAUUAAGAAUCUUACCCAAGAGACCAGGAUUCAAAUUCAAGUUCUAUUAGAUGCCUGUACUUUGAGUAAGUGAUUUGAGUAACUCACUUCAAUUUUAGCAGAAUACGCUUAAGUUUUCAGCUAGCAUUUUGGUGGCUCAGAAACCCCUUCUGAAUAAUGCUGAUGUCCUCCGACCAUAUGUUUCUGAAGAACAAGUCUGGCAAUUAAAGAAACACAGCUCAUUUACUAAAAAACAAGGAUUUCUUAAGGACACACUAGGUAAUAUAACUGACCCUGAGACAUUCAGUAAGUUCCACAGUACUUAAUCAUCAUUAAAAAUCACUUGUCAAUGUGUGACAGACAAGAAUACUGCUUAUCAAAGAUUGUCAUUCAUAAGUCAAAGUUGUAAGAAUAGAAAUCAUGUCAAUAUGAACACUCUCUAUAUUUACGCUAAUAGACAAGAGCUUUUGCUAACACACUUACAAGCAUGAGUAAUGUUUAGCAGCCAAAACUCUAUUCCCAGUGGAAUUACAAAAACUAAAUGGAAAAAAAAAAGAAAAAAAAAGAAAAAAAAGAACCCAAGUCACUUUAACUUUUCAUUUCUGGUUUAAACACGGGGGUAAUGUUAUCUGUCUUAAGGAAUUGUUGUGAAGACCAAAAAGAUGCAAAGCAUGUCACUUACAACAGUCUCUCCCCGAUUCUUCCCCAGUGCCCUCUGGCAAACAAGUUUGGACAAGACUACACCUAUACAGAGUGCGGUACUGACAGUGCUCUCUGGCUGGAAAAUGACACCCAGAGAUCAGACAUCAUUUCAAACGGCCUCCCGACUUAUCUUGGGAGAGGUUUCUGCCUCUUUUCUGGCAGCCUAGAUGGCUUUUGCCACCAGACAGCCUUUGGACAUCUACCUAGGCAUAGUUCUGGUAGGAACUACAAUGAGGUCUUAGGAAGGCUUCCCUUGCCCAUUUUCCAAGGGGGAAUAUUCUCAAAUAUGUGAAGGGUAACUAUGACAUGUUUUUUGCAGACACACAGUCUCUAAAGCAAAUGAAGAUACUAUGCCUUUUAUUAUUUCAGAAUGCGGGCAGAGAGGGAAGAAGGAUAGCCAAAGACAAUUAGUAGAGUAGGUUUUAAUUUUGCUAACUAACUAAAAUUUAGAUUCGUUUAAAUUAUUCUAGUCCAUUCAAUUUAAUUAUUUCAAAUUAACUUAAAAUAAAUUAUCAAACUUAAUGACCAAAGUUUCAGGAAUAAGCAGGUAGUAGUUCCCCCCUCCUCUCUGGAAAUCAUCAGGGUAACCUGAAAGAUAUCAUGAUCUAACUAUUAGAGUAAAAAAAUCCUUUUAAGAUUAUUAGCUCUGAUGGGACCAAACUAAAACUCAGUGUAAAAUCUAAAAUUCAAUUGUACCAGUAAAGUGACACUCCUUUGGGACUAGGAAAGUACUACAGAGAAAAUGAUCUGUCCAUGUCCACUUUAGGACUUUCUCCCCCCAGUACAUUCUUAAAUUUUUAAGAAAUAUGUUAUUUAUAGGUAUACAUAUAGAUGUUUGAAUUAAGCUUAUUUCCACAGUGAAUUAACCCACUGUGCUUUUAAGGGUAGAGCUUAAAGACAAGUACAUUUAGGCAUGUUUUUGGAGGAAUGUGUAACACUGUAUUAUUACUAUGUCAUAGUUACAGAGAAUUCCUUGGUCAACAAAGCAUGUUUGUUCGGUGGCUUAAGCAAAGAAUAGGGCAGCAGUACUUCGGAGCAGGUGAACGGCAGGCUUGACUGAAGAGAUGACUUUGGUUUCAGCCCAUGGCCACAGGACUGGUUCCUCUACAAUCUUUAUCAGCUACAAAAAGGAAGGAAUUUUAGAGGAAGCUAACUAAGCCAAAUAAAAUCAUUCCUCUUCCACUAGUCCCCAGCUCUCAGAUGUUAUCAUCACAUGCCCCAAGCCAACAACAAAGACUAGAAAAAGCCAAAUCAACUUUGCUGACCCCGGGUGAAGUGGGCAGUUAUUCACGUGAGCAGCCCCUACAGGGCCAAAGAACAGAAAUAACAGGAGACUGGCUCCAGCAAGGGAGGUUAUCAGCCACACACACAUUUUGUCUCUUCCAUAAGUAAACAUACUAAAUCAUAGCGUUUGAGAGUUGGCAGUGAAUACAGGCAGAUUUGCUAAAUUGACCAAUUAACAAGAAAGACCAUUAAAAAAGCAUAGUCUUAAAAACUGUCAUAAAGUAAAAGUGUUUUUUUUUCUCAUCAAUUGGAAAAAGAUAAAAAUUAUUCAGUAAGAAGUACCAGGAAAAGUGGGAUACCUAUUUGUUAAAAAAAAAAAAAUCAGUGCUGCUACUCUAUUCCUUGAACUAGAAUAAACCCAAGAUAAUGAAACCAUAAAGGAAAUACUAAAAAUAUGAGCAAAAAUUUUUUGUAAUCUCAUAAUGGAGACCUUUCGAAGGUAUGAAGAAAACCCAGAAGCUAUAAAGUAUACAAGGACUGAUAGAUUUGCACAUGGCAAACUACACAAAAACAAAAACAAGCGGUAACACAUAAUAGAAAAUACUAAUUUCCUUAAUACAGAAAGGGAUUUACAAAUCAAGAGGAUAAAUACCAAAAUGCACUAGGCAUAUGGGCAAACAUAAAUUGACAAUGCACAGGGAAGAAAUACAAAUGGCCUUAAAAUAUAUAGUUAAAUGUUAACCUUCAAAGAAAAAACUACAGGAUACAGAUUUUCACUUAAGAUGUGAAAGAUCAAAAAGUUUCUCAGGGCAUAGGGAAAUAAGAGCAGCCAUACACUCUCUUAACAAAAGGAUUAAAUUGGAAAAAUCUAUUUGGAGGGCAAUCUAUUUGGACAUAUACCAUCUAAAUGUAUAUACUCUUUGAUCUAGCAAUUCUCCCUCUUCAAGAGUACAUUCUACACAAAGAUGUAGGUAUAGAAAAGGACACUUCAUAGCAGCAUGGUUUACAGUAGCAAAGAACUAGAAACAGGCAAACUGACCACAGUGAAGAGGCUGAAAUAACAGUGGUACUCCCGACAGUGGAAUGCCACUGCAGCUAUGAGAGGAAUGCAGCAGUGUGUAAAAUCUCUAAAUUCAUCAUUUUAAAGAAAAAUCAAAGGUGCAGAAUAGUAUAUGUAACUAUGGAAAAAACAAGGGUGGGUGAAUGUACACACAUACGUACUGGAACAGUGGCUCUCAUGGUGCGACCCUUAGACCAGAAGCAGCAUUACCUGAGUAUGUUUAGAAAUGUAGGUUAUGGGGCCCACUCAGGCCUACUAAUUUGGAACCUCUGGGGGAAGAGUCCAAUGAUCUGUGUUUUAAUAAGCCUUCCAAGUAAUUCUGAUGCAUCUCAAGUUUGAGAACCACUAUGCUAGAGUUAAAGGUACCCAGAAAAUGGGUGACAGCUAUUACCUCUGGGUAGAAGAAACAAGAGAUGAGGAACAGGAAUGGAAAAGAGACUUCACUUUGGUAUGUUUGGAUUUCUUUCCCCAUGCAUGUGUAUCACCUAUUUUAAAUAAAAAUUUAACAAUAAAAAGCUUGCCACUUUGAUCCAAAAUGGAUGAGAAAUUAACUCAGUGCUUCUGAAAAGUUGAAUUACAAGUUUUGGGUUAUGGCAUCAUUCUUAAAAAGAAAAAAAACCACCACCUAUUUUAGACCAAGAUUUCAAUGUAGUACAUAAAGCAUCUCUGUAAAUGACCAUGUAGGGUUUGGCAUAGCAGAGCCUAAGUUUGGUGAUAAUGAAGUUAUUGAUUGAGCUGGGGUUUUAAAAAGGAGGAAAACCUUUUUAGAGGUUUUAUUAGAAUGAGGCAGGUUACCCUUACGUAGAGAGCAACAAUUAAAAACCCAGAAUAAAGGCAAAGACAAAGAGAAAAAUUGAACUUUUUUUUUUAAAAAAGCACAAAAACCCUACAUACUAAAAUUGUACACAUCAAGUAUUGGUCCAAUAUUAUAUCAAUCUAUUUACAAUUAAACAGCACCAUGGUUUUCUCACCUAGGUUAGUUAAACAUGCCCAGAAAACUGCUAUAAAGUAUAUGUUCCUUUAAAAUUAAAAAAAAACAAAAACAAAAAACUCUUAGGAGAGCUCAAAUCC